UAGGUCAAAUACUUUUGGAGCGACACGCGACACAACAUUAAAAUGACCAAUUUUUAACUAAGUCAGGGGCCAUAACUCCUAAAACACUGGAUGAAUCCAGAUGCGAAACCUCAGGUGCACAACUGCACAUGCUGACCAACAUUCCUGUAAAGUUUUGUUACUCUACAUCAAAUACUUUGGGAGCUAGGUGCGACACAAGACUAAAAUUACAAAUUUUUACAAAGUCAGGGGCCAUAACUCCUACAUGACUGAAUGAAUCUGGACGCAAAACCCCAGGUGCACAACUACACAUGCUGACCAACAUUCCUGUAAAGUUUUGUGACUCUAUGUCAAAUACUUUUGGAGCUAGACACGACACAACAUUCUCGGAAAGACAGACGGACAUACUCACAGUAUGAUACUUAAGUGACUUUACAAUGUUAAAUUUUAGCCACAUAAACCAAAAAUUAGUCACAUAAACCCACUUUUGGACACUUUUUAAAGUGACUGUCAUAUAAACAAGGAGUCCAAACCCUAACCUGCUAGACACUCAAGUAACAAUUUGUUAGCCCGGACGGACGGACGGAAGGAUGGACAAGGGCAAAUCUAUAUGUCCCCCCCCCCCCAAAAGUGGGGGCAUAAAAAUGAUAAAAACAGAUCUAUUUUACGUUCUUUGUCUAUUAGUGACAAAUUGUAAAUUUUGGCUCAUUUUGUGCGUGAAGGAUGGGCAAGUUUAGACGCUCACAUACAGACUUCUUAUCAUGCUAUUGAAAACAUUUUUAUCUGGUUUAAUUUUUGAAAGAUAUAUAAAAGUUCAAAACCAGUAAAACAUUACACUUCGAAUUUUGGCCCCCCUCAAUAUUUGUAAUGAUUAGAACUUCGUGAUUUUGGAUGUCUGAAAAUUACAGUGAAAGAUAAUGAUUGUUAAUUCUUUAGAAAAUUUAAACUAAAAUUCUGAUGUCAGUUGUAAAACUAACUGCUGCUAGCUUUGUAUGAAUCUAUGAGUCAUCUUCCGUGUGGGAAAUUCAAAUCAUUGAAGAGGCCCAUGCUAGACGAUUCACACUCUGGUACAUUUCUGCUAUUUUGUGAGAAAAAAAAACCAGAUGGCUAGGCCGACAUUGCAUUAAUAUGCUAUUGUUCAGUAGUGUCUAUUAAAUUGAGAAUUGCAAAAAAAUCGGACAUUGUUCCUGCAACGGGAUCAUUGCAGGCUGUUCAAAAAGUGCAAAAUUUAUGAUUUUAGCCUGUUAUUUUUUCGUUUUGAUAGUUUUCUGUAUUCUUGUAUGAGAGUCCUGAUUUUGUCAUUAAUUAAAAACACAAAACAUGCACACAAUUUAUAAAAUGGCCACCCUGAUUCUGCAUAUUAGGGAAGUGCAAUAUUACGACUUGCUACAUGUAAGCCUAACCGUGCCCAAAAUGUUUGAAUCCGAGUGACCCUGCUACCUAAUGAGGUGGUUAAUAAAGGGAGAAAACCCAGUAAAAAAAAUCAUUCAAUACAAAUAGUCUGUUAAUUCCCUUCGAACAAAAUAAUGUUAAGUCAUGCACAGCAGAAGGAAGUAGGUUUUACCAAAAUUGGGAAAAUUAUCUUAAUGGCAGGACUUAUUUUAUCAAACUAGACUGUUGCAUAUUCCUAACCAUAACAAAUGUUUAUCCCAGACGCUAUUCUGAUGUUCUGCAAAGGUGCUGAUUAAGGAAAAGAUGGCAGCAAUUUUCGAUAGUAUUAUCCAAUAUAUUUUUGGGACUAGUCAAGAGUGUUUCGCUGAAGACCUAAAUUCUAUGGAGGAGAUAUGUGUUGCACUGUUCCAAGAUGUGACCACAGAGCCUGGUUAUUGUAUAGUAAACAUCCUGAGAGUUCCAGAUGAAUAUGCUGUAAAAGGUCAACAAAUAGUCCUAUCUGAGGACAUUGCUGACAGAGACACUCUUUCAUUAGCAUCUUUUGAAGGAGAAAACCAAAAUACAAAUGAAUUCAAAAAAGAAACUGACAACACUAUUUCUGAAAAAAAGACAGAUAAUAUGUCUGUAAAGAUGAAGUCUGUUGGUGCAAUAGUAUGCGAUGGUGUAAGAGGGACAGUGUUCCGAGUUGGCAGCAAGUACGUGAUGACAGCCUUGCAUGUAGUACUAAGCAUCACAAACCCAGCAAAGCGGCAGAACAUUCCGGACAAUGACUGGACAAAACUUGAAGACCCAAAUGUGUGGAUUAUGUUUGCCCCAUCAGCAACAGAUCUCCAGAGCCCUCCCUUUCAUAUUAAGCGGGAUGUGAUAUUCUUGAACAAAGAAUUAGAUAUCGCUAUACUUGAACUAAAACCUGGAAAAAAAUUACCAGGGAAGCUUAAUCUAAGUAAAGAUAUGGGCAUAACUGAACAUGUGGAUUUGAUUGGAUUUGGACAUCCUAUUGAUGCCGGGAAAUGCUGGGAUCCAAACUGCAGAAUAGUUCCAGUAACUUGUGAUCUCAUUCAAAGCCUUCAGUGGCAGCACUCACAGUUUGUGGAGAAGUGUUCUUUGAGAACAAUCUUACAACUACAUGGUCUUAAUCCAAAUAUGCUAGAAAUGAACAAAUGCUAUGCUGAACUGCAGAACAGUGACAGAUUUGCCUGCCAUAUUGUAAUGGAACAUGGGGCAUCUGGAGCACCUGCUAUUGCAGACAAUGAAGUUGUGGGAGUGCUUGUCAAAGGUGUACCGCUCUAUUACUAUGCACUGAAAAACAGAAUACCUACAGCACAAUAUGUACAACAUUUCCCAAGCCAUUUAAGAUUUGAAUUGUGCACUAGAGCAGACAGGAUGUACGAGGUUAUAAGAUGUGAAAAUCCCAUGCUAACAGCAGAUUUAUUUAACUGAAAUCCAUACAAAAAAAAAUGGACGUUAUCUUAACAUCAGCUUCCCUACUGUUAUUGUCCAGCUUUAAAAACAAAACUAAAACUGUCACGGGAGUGACGAAUUAUACCAAAAUAAUAUGGCCUUGUCAUAGAAGUAUGGCAAAUUUUAUGUUGGAAAGAAGCCAUAACUAUAGUCAAAAACUUGGUGGUUUGUAGCCAAAGUUGAACUUGACCUGUAUAAUGUUACACCUGUGUACCAAAAAUAAUUUAAAUCUGUCAAGCCUUUCAUGAAUUAUUGUCUAGAAACCAUGAGUUUGGCAAAUAUUAAGUUGAAAGGGGCCAUAACUACGUCAAACAAGAGCACCGCCUUGCGGGUGCUGACGCUCAUCUGAUUUUUUUUGUAUAAUAGAAAUAUUGUUCUACCCAUGAUUUUCUAAGUCUAAAAAGGGCCAUCAUUCUUGCAAAAAGCAGGAUAGAGUUAUGUUUCUUGAUGUACAGUGUCCACUUAUGAUUGUGAAAAACUGUUGCAAGUUUUAAAGCAAUAGCUUUGAUAGUUUAUGAGAAAAGUUGCCUUAAACAUAAUACUCAACCAAGAAAAUGAUUUUCUAAGUCCAAAAGGGGCAAUAAUUAUUGCAAAAAGGAGGAUGGAGUUAUGUUGCUUGCUGUACAGGGUCAGCUUAUGAUGGUGAACAAGUGUUGCAAGUUUCAAAGCAAUAGCUUUGAUAGUUUAAGAGAAAAAGUUGACCUAAACAUAAAACUUAACCAAAAAAUCUGAUAUUUUCUAAGUCCAAAAGGGGCCAUAAAUCUUGCAAAAAGCAGGAUGGAGUUAUGUUUCUUGAUGUACAGGGUCUGCUUAUGAUGGUGAACAAGUAUUCCAAGUUUCAAAGCAAUAGCUUUGAUAGUUUAGGAGAAAAGUUGACCUAAACAUAAAACUUAACCAAGAAAUCUGAUAUUUUCUAAGUACAAAAGGGGCCAUAAAUCUUGCAAAAAGCAAGAUGGAGUUAUGUUUCUUGCUAUACAGGGUCAGCUUAUGAUGGGAACAAGUCUUCCAAGUUUCAAAGCAAUAGCUUUGAUAGUUUAGGAGAAAAGCUGACCUAAACAUAAAACUUAACCAGGCAACGCCGACGCAGACGCCGACGCCGACACCGACGCCGACGCCGACAACCGCUCAAGUGAUGACAAUAACUCAUCAUUUUUUUUCAAAAAAUCAGAUGAGCUAAAAAUGGUGGUUUGUAGCCAAAAUCAAAGUUGACCUGUAUUUUAUUAUGUUACACCUGUGUACCAAUAAUUAUUUAAAUCUGUCAAGCCUUUCAUGAGUUAUUGUCCAGAACCGAUGAAAACCAACGGACAGACCGACCAACUGACAAGCUCACUCCUAUAAACCCUCCCCUCACCCAAACUUCGUUUGUGGGGGUAAAAUGAAGAACACAAUUCAUUGUGCUCCUGUAAAAAUUUUCAUUCAAGUUGUUUAAUUUCAAGGCCCAAAAAUUGCAAUCAUAAUUGUUGAGAGUGUACUCAAAUACUUUAUGCAGAACCCAAAUCCUUGGGCUCAGAAAAAAGAUUAAUGGUGACAUAUAUUAAACUGUAAGACACUGCCUAAAGGUCACAAAAUGAUAUCCCCAGUCUGAGUUCUGCUACUGGCUGGAUCUUAUUGUCUUUGUUUUUCAUCCUAAUAUGCUUGUUGUCACUGUAAUAACAAUAACGAAGUCAUUUGUGAAGUAAUCAAAAUAUAUGUUACCCCACCCACUUUAUUUCAACAGAUAAUUUUUUGUUGAAUAUAUUUGUUUCAUUUGUGCUAUACCAUUAAAAUACAGAAAAUCAUGA